UCGCCCAUCACCAUGACAUCUUUCAUUUCUAACUUCUCUCCCUUUGGUACCGUUUGUUGUUCUUCAUCUCCCUCAAACUCCACCAACAAGUCACCAGUGAAGCAGCCGAGAGAAGACUGGAGAAAACGCUCCAAACCCAUUCCUCCAGGUGGCACUUAUCCAGCCAAAGACCAUUGCAGUCGCUGCGGUCUCUGUGAUACUUACUACAUUGCUCAUGUGAAGAAUGCUUGUGCUUUCUUAGGAGACGGCAUGUCUAAAAUUGAAGCGUUGGAACCUGUAGUGCAUGGUAGAGGGAGAAAAAUAGAUUCCUUGGAAGAGACUUACUUAGGUGUCUACGAUCAAGUUUUGUAUGCUCGUAAAACUAAUCCAAUUCAAGGAGCUCAGUGGACUGGGAUAGUAACAACUAUUGCAAUGGAGAUGCUCAGAACUGGCAUGGUUGAGGCUGUCGUUUGUGUACAAAGUGAUCCAGAUGACAGACUUAGCCCAAGGCCUGUUUUAGCGAGGACACCUGAAGAAGUUCUGGCUGCUAAAGGUGUCAAGCCAACAUUAUCUCCUAAUCUCGAUACCCUUGCCUUAGUUGAGGCUGCAGGUGUAAAGCAUCUUCUCUUUUGUGGAGUGGGUUGCCAAGUGCAAGCAUUAAGAUCUGUGGAGCACUAUUUGAAUUUGGACAAGCUUUAUGUUUUAGGCACCAAUUGUGUGGACAAUGGAACUCGAGAAGGGCUAGAUAAGUUUCUAAAGGCUGCAAGUAAUGAACCAGAAACAGUUCUUCAUUAUGAGUUUAUGCAGGAUUACAAGGUCCACUUGAAGCACUUAGAUGGCCACAUUGAAGAGGUUCCUUAUUUCUGUCUACCAGCAAAUGAUUUAGUUGAUGUUAUUGCUCCUUCUUGCUAUAGCUGUUUCGACUACACAAAUGCUUUAGCGGAUCUUGUGGUUGGAUACAUGGGUGUUCCAAAAUAUCCAGGAGUCAGCAUGACACAACAUCCACAGUAUGUCACUGUCAGGAAUGAACGUGGAAAGGAAAUGCUGAGUUUGGUAGAAAACCUUUUGGAGAUUAUUCCAACAACCAGCAGUGGUAACCGACGCCCAUUUGUUAUGGAGACUGUUAAGGCAGAUGAUAAUGCUAAGAUGGGGAAGGGUCCUUCUCAACCUGCCCCGAAAUUUGUUGGGAAUUUGAUAGCUUUUUUACUAAACUUGAUUGGUCCAAAAGGAUUGGAAUUUGCCCGUUAUUCACUUGAUUAUCAUACCAUCCGGAACUAUCUGCAUGUAAACCGGGCUUGGGGAAAAGAAAGAGCUAACCAGCACAUGCCUUCAUAUGCAAAGAAACUUGUGGAGAUCUACAACCAGAAUGGCCAAAUAGAUGAGAUGCUUUCCACCAAGUGACGAAUAAGUAUGAAAAUUACGGGCAACAUCAGGUUCAGGGUGCUUCCAAGGAUGUAAAAUUUGUUCGUUUUAUUAGAAGACUAUGAAUUUGACCCUCUAAUUUGAUGAGUUUUAUAGUUAUAGAUGUUGCUUUAGCACACUGUUUUGAAUGAAAAUAUUUUCAUUGUAAGAUAUUUUAAGUUCUUGAUUGUGUUAUCAAAUUGUGAGACAGGGCAUGCCGAUUGGUGUUUGUGAAAUUAGCAUCAUAUGCUUUCUUUGUAUUAGAAAGGUUGUAUUAUAAUAGUAAUAACAACAACGUGGGCUGUGCAGAGAGCAUUAGGACAUCAAAUUGGUACAUUUGACUUUGUCUUGGCUGUGGGCAUAGAGCAUUAGGACAUCAAAGUUGGUACAUUUGA